ACCAACGAAGAAAAACAUACAGAGAACUUCGCUUAUGGAUAAAUACUUAAUUAAAAUGCCAAUUAAAUCCAAGACCAAUGAAAUGCCGGAAAAGGCGAAGGCGGUUGCAAAAAAGGAGACACCCAAAACCUCGAUCAAACAAACCAAGACGGAAACGCCGAAAGCGGCACAGUUGAAGGACAAGGAAAAUGCAGAAGAGGAUACUCCGAAGCAGAGCAAAAAGAGAGGGAGGCCGGCGGCGGUCAAGCGAAAGAAUCUCGAUACUCCGGAAAUGAAAGAGGAGAAGAAUGCGGCGGACAGUGAGAAUCCUCCCAAGCGUCGAAGCUCCAGGACCACCAGAAGCACCCGUUCCAUGGCUGAGGACGGUCCUCCAACCCCGGAAAAAGAAGAACCUGUAAAGCUGCCUUUUAUCAAGUACAAGGGAGAGAUCAAGUACUACACGGAAAACCAGGAUAUAGCCGCAUCUGCGGACGAUGUGAUGCAAUGGGUAGAGAAGCAAAAGGAGGAUGUGGUUCCCAUGGCCUUUGACAUGGAGUGGCCCUUCUCCUUCCAAACCGGACCCGGCAAGUCCUCUGUCAUCCAAAUCUGUGUGGAUGAAAAAUGCUGCUACGUGUACCAGUUGAGCAACCUGAAGAAGUUGCCUGCGGCCCUGGUGGCCCUUAUUAAUCAUCCCAAGGUUCGCUUGCACGGUGUCAACAUUAAAGCGGAUUUCCGUAAAUUGGCCCGCGAUUUUCCGGAGGUUUCCGCUGAACCGUUGAUCGAGAAAUGCGUUGAUUUGGGCGUGUGGUGCAAUGAGAUCUGUGAGACUGGUGGACGAUGGAGUCUGGAGCGCUUAGCAAAUUUCAUAGCCAAGAAGGCCAUGGACAAGAGCAAGAAAGUCAGGAUGAGCAAGUGGCAUGUCAUUCCGCUGGACGAGAACCAGCUUAUGUACGCCGCUAUCGAUGUUUAUAUUGGACAGGUUAUCUAUCGAGAUCUGGAGAAGCGGGAGAAAGUGAAGCUCGAGAAUGAGGAGGAGUUCAAGGAGCAGAAUGGUGAUGCUGCCUUCAAAGCAGUCAAAGCCUUGGGCGAAACCUUUUUAAGCAAGAUCAACGAGGUGACUCUAUAAGAAUAAGACUUCUUUUAAAAUUUCUUUACACAGUUUUUUUUAAAUUUUAUUACUUCCUUGCUCAAUUAUUGAUGGUUUAAUUAUUCAAAAACCCUCUUCUUUUAAAUAAUUUUUGCAAUUUUACACUCUCACCUCUUAGCAGGAAUUUUUGUUGUUCACGCCAAAACAUGAACUUUACCACUAGUUAUUUAUGUAAAAGGUUUUUAUAUUUCUCACUCUUGGAUGAAGAUUUUUUGUUGUUGUCUUAAUUCUAUUAAUAUUUUACAACUGGCUUAAGAAUUCUAUAUGCCCAUUAUUUUGAUAAAUUUAUACAGUUUCAUUUACAU